CAGAGGCCAGAGCCACUGACAAACUCCUCCUGGUUUAAUGCCUCCAAACAGGCUACUGCUUCCUAAAAUGAGACUCUGGGGAGUUCUGCCAUUCCUGGUCCCCUUCGUCCUCCUGUGGAGCAUCCAGGAACCUGAGCUGGCAGACGGGUUCUUUAUCAGAACAUGUCCAAAGUAUAAUAAAAUAAAGUGUGACUUUGAAGAAAGAGGCCAGUGUUUACGACACCAAGAGUGUCCAGGGGAGAAAAGGUGCUGCCUGUUCGCCUGUGGGAAGAAAUGCCUGGACCUCAGCGAAGAUGUAUGCAGCCUGCCCCAGGAUGCUGGUCCCUGCUUGGCCUACCUUCCACGCUGGUGGUAUAACCAAGACACCAGGCUUUGUACCGAAUUCAUCUAUGGUGGUUGCCAAGGGAACCCUAACAACUUCGAAUCUAAAGCUGUCUGUACAUCCAUUUGCAUAAACAAACGCUGUAAGGUUCACAGCUGUUCACAGUCCUCUGCAUGCAAGAUCACAAUUGUGAGUCAGGAUAAAAAUAUCUAUCACAAAAUGCUAAAGAACAGAACAAGGGAAGAAGUCGUAGCCUUAAAACUGACAGGCUCAUUUGAAAAGUAUUUAGAAACAUGGGAGAAAGAGAACUGGUCCCAGGGCAUGAAAGCAGGAGAGUCACGCUCACCCCUCAUCAGCCGCAGUACUUGGGAGAGUGGGCUCCGAACAUCACCCAGCACAGUAGAGCUGGCCGUGGCUGUGGGAGUUGUGGAUUUGUCUCUCCGCACUGAGUCACCGGUGUGGGGACCAGGGGGAUUUAAGAGUGUGCUGUUCCAGUAUAUUCACACACAUAAAGGAGAGGUGAAGGGCAAGAAGAUGGAGCUACAGAGAUGGUGGAGUGGGGAAGAGCCCUUGCCAAGCAAGCGGGAGGACUGA